AUGGCACAUCUUCCCGAAGGAUGGGAGUCCGAUUACGACGGUUGUCGGUGGCUCUACCGCUUUAAAACCACUGGCCUUACACAAUACCACUUCCCGCGGCCAGGCGACGAGUUUCCCGAAUUGGUAGGCAUCGGUUUUGGGCCACUCGACCUUGCUCCAGGAAAUAAAUUCGGUACCGAAUAUAAAGUUACUCCGGAAGACGCUCCUAAUAUAACCAGAAAUGGCGGAAAGACGGCGCUGGCUGAUGGAAAAGAUGAAAUGGGGGCUACGGGUUAUUUUGACCCAGACAACUUUAUGUACUUUGGACUUAACGAUGUAAGCCCGGUCGGCAAUGAGAGCAGUAUCAAAACCAAUACCGCAAUAUCAGCAUCGCCAGUGAACAGUAAGAGCAACCCACUACUAGCAGAACUUGAAUCGACGCAAAGAUGGUCACCCGUAGGAUUCGUUUCUGAGCUUGCCAGCGGCGACACAGUAAAGUGUGCAGAAGAGUUGGCUCCCAUCGAAAUGGAUGCAACGCAGAUCGCUCAAGCACCCUUACAAACCAAUCAAAAUAGUAUUGCAGAAUUGCCGACGGAAAGGAGUCAAGUAGAAGAGAAAGCGCCGGUACAACAUCCAGUUCGAGAGACUAUGAAACCUGUUGAAGAGUAUCCGCUAGUUUCGGCAUCAUUUGCCUAUCCUCCGCUAAAAACGACUGUCAAGCCCGUGGAUGGCGUGGAAGCGGAAAGCCCGCGGGUGGAGCAGAAAGUCAUCGCUUCUCAACGGCCACCGGCGACUACGAUAGAGCAGAAUGAAUAUGAGACAUGGAAACCUACACAUGGAAUCUCCAAUGAGGAACCGAAGAACCCAUAUAGAAAUUCUAUGAUGUUGUCUAGUAUAUCAGUUCUUCAGUCUCAAAACACAGAGCUUGGUCCCAUCAACCAGAAGCGGCAUUCGCUUUCAGGGCCUGUUGAAUCCUCGGGAGAGAAUCAUAACCUCCCUGGAGUCUUGAGGCAACCGUCAGAUCCUAGGACAUCGGCAAUCGUAUCCACCCCUUCCCCAAAAGUUGAAACUUCACCCAUUCCAACCGUCCUCCAACCCGCAGUGCCACCAACGAAAGUAACACAAGAUGAUUCUCAACCGCAGCCUAGCGGGCCUCCCGGUCAGCCUCUCUACCAAGUCCGCCCUAAUCAGGCCGCCUACCAAAUGCCGCCUGGUCAGCCUGGGUAUCAAGGGCAAGGAGUUGCAGAUCCUUACGCAGCCAUAGGCGCCACAAUCGGAGGCGCUCUUACUGCUUUAACUGGAAGUAAAACUGAUACACCGGCUUCUACAGCUCAGCAGCAUCAAGCUGCAAAUCCUGAGCAGAAUCAUACUCAACAUUCCGAGCCGCAGCACGAAUCAUAUUCUGAGCAACAACAUGGGGGACAAUCCGGACAGCAUCAUGCAGAACAGUCUGAACAGAACCAUGGAAGUUACUCUGAACAGCAAUAUACAAACCAGUCAGAGCAAAACCAUGAGUCUUACUCUGGACAACAUCAAGAAGCCAAUAACGAAUCAUAUCAACAGACCCACGCCGAGCAAAACUAUACAAGUCAUGGUGAACAGCAAAACAACGGGUACACCAACGAAGAUCGCCAAACAUAUUCCGAACCAGCUCCUGCUGAAUCUCACUCGACAUCAGAGGCGUAUUACGCGCCACAACCGGAGAGUACCAUUAUUAAUAACACAACGAUCAACAACAUCGAGAAUACCGCAAUGGCCGAAUCAACGCAGACGAACGUGAACUACACAGAUAACACUCAAAUAUCAGACACGAACCAGAUGAAUAUGAACUACACGGAUAAUUCACAGAUGGAGAAUACGGCAAACAUGGAUAUGAUGAACACAGAAACGACUUCAUUUACAGACACAGCGUAUAUGGACACGACGAAUAACAAUACCAGCACGGAAGCAACCGCGUUCGCAGAAACAACGUACAUGGACUCCUCAAACACGAACAUGGAUAUGAACGCAGAUAUGACGGCGUACACGGACACAACGGCGUAUGCAGAUGCAUCGUAUACAGACACAGCGUACAUGGACGCGAACGCGACGUACAUCGAUGUCAACGUCGACAUGAACGUAGAUAUCAACCAGACGACGUAUAUGGGCGACGAGAUGUCUAUGAUGACGACAGAGGAGAAUUUUAGCAUGGAUGCUAGUGCGAGUUAUAUGGAUACGAGUACGGUGGAUUAUUCGGGUGGUGAUUGGGGUGGCGGGGAGUGGUGA